UGCGAUUUCCCUUGCCCUUCCCGUUUCGACGUAUUCCUUUUCUCCUAAAUAUAGCAGGCGGUUUUAAGCCCUGCCUACUAGGACUUUUUCUCUUUUUCCUGUUUAUUUUCCUGGGGAAAUUACCAACCCUUGAAGUCGUGUGUCUUAGCCGAUCCCCUGUCUUUACCCCAACUUGACUCCUAUCGGGCAUUUGAUACGGUACAAUUGGCAAUCACCAACUACUUCUGUCGCAUACUCUUCAUACGCAUCAUCGUCCAGUUUGACGUCCCUUCACCAUGCACAAACCUUCUUUGGCUCAGAUUGUGCACCAUGCCACCUUUCCGCGCCCGCGCACGAGCGAUCCAGCGACAUUCUCAGCUCAUAUCACGCGUAACCUCGUUCCCGAAGUUCGGAUCGAAACGUCGACGUUCUAUGGAUCGCUAGACACCGUUGAAGCUCAAUAUCCUGGCCUUGAUUAUUCGUAUGGCCCGCAUCGCAUGAGGCUCAGUCGGUUCCCUUGGCAUCGCCGGCUUUUUAGAGUCUUCGACGAGCUCGGUUUAUCGGAAGCCGAGAUAUCCUCGCUGUGUCGCUGGGAAGGUACCAAGUCGGCACGGGAACGGUAUGAGAAAGAAGAAGGUGUCAAGGUACAAGAUACGACGGCCAAUGGUGUCCGACCAGCGUCGCCAUCCCCGCUGCCUUCUGUCGAGGUUCAUUUCGAAGAUGGUCCAGAACGGGUGAGAGAACCAGAGGUCAAGGCUGAAGUGCGCGAGCACUUCGUUCCUGUGACUGACACCAUUGAUGACCGCGGUGUCGACUGUGAUGUGCCUCCGAAGGUUGAAGAAGACUCGAGCGACGAGGAAAUGGAAAGCUGUGGCGUGGAACUGAAUCAUCGUCUUCUCGCAGCAAGUGCCGCCCGCGAACGAGGCGCCAAUGUCCCGCUCGACGAGGACUGGGAGCAAUGGUUGAAGGAAGCUGGUGAGCGGGGAAGUUACGCCGACGUAAUCAAUGCGAUCCGAAGAGGCCAACCGUUGGAUUUCUUGUAUGACAUGCCGUACCUUAGUAGUAGGACAGGCGCUAGACGAUCCGUAUCGCUCUCGGAACGCAUCAUUCUUCCACCAACGUCCAGCUUGCUCGCGGCGAGCACUUCUAUUCGACGCCCUCCUCAUUCUCCAUCAGGAACGGCACGAUAAGACCCAUCCGAGUGAUGCUCGGUUCGAUUUCUUUCUUUGCGUAUCCUUGCAGUUUCUCAAGUUUUAGCAGGCAGGCAUGUUUGUUUUCCAUCUAGGUGCAUUUAUGGCGCAUCAGCGGCGGUUUCUUCUCUCUUUUCUCCAU